AGCAGAUCCAUACGGAUGCAUUGGCCCGGGUAGGGCUUUGCGGUCGUGACUGUGAUCUGUUACAAUCGGUGAAUUUAUGCAUUAAUCCCGACCUUGUUUAGCAGAGUCGGAUCACCCAUGUUACAAUUUGAAAUCCGUUAAUGUAUUAAUUGCCCCUUGAUGGCCCGGCUCUUGUCCGGAGAGUAGGCGACUCCACGGCGAAGAGGGGAGCCGCAGCCUCCGCAACUCCCAGUCCCUGCGGCAUUUCGCCGGCCGUGAAACCGUGACAUGUUUACGGCCAUAAUACCAGCGGCACUCAAACCGAACUGUGUUUAGUCACUGUUUACCUAUACUAUCGUGAAUUUGCAAGCUCCAACAAUCAAAUGAGUUUUUUUUUUUGUAUGCAAAAUGGUUUUUAGUGCGAAACGCCUGAAUAGGUAGUGUGACGGAAUACAGCAGAUAAUCAGAUAUAAUCCCUUAUUAGGGAACCAUAAUGAUAUGAUACAGACGGAGAAAAUGUGUGCGGCGUUUGUCUUAAAACCGUAAAACGCUACUCCGACCCGUCUGUUUUGUGAAAUGUCAAGAUUUGCAAUAAAUACUGGAGGCGUAUCAAAUAGCUACGCCAAGCUUCACGGCAACCUGUUCCUCAGCCCACCUGGACACCCGUACCAUCUAUCGGGUAAACUUAGAACCGGCAGCUGUAAUUGACAGUAAACCUACAAUUUACGUUUUUGUAUCACAGACGUUAUGCUUGUGUGUAAUUUUGCGCCAGAAGCACUGUUAGUUUUGCAAAACUUCGGUGCUAAAUAGUGGAUUGCUUCUAGGCAAAUGAAAACUGAACCCGCAGAUAUUCAGAUCAUGAAAGAAAAAUAAGUGAAGCGGCCUCGUAAGCUGUUUGCUUGAAGCCUACUUCAAAUUGUACACUAUGCAGAUAUUUCAGAUAAAGUGUCACCGUGAAGGUGUUUCUUCAUCAGAAGCGGGUGGCGCGAAACAGUCAUGUGGCAAGAUCGCUGUUGCUUGGUCGAACACCUACUUCUUCAUGGUGCAAGCCCAGGGUAUGAUGCUAAGGGACAAUGUUAGAACGAUUGGGCACAUGAUCAGAUUGUACACCAACAAGAACACCACUGUAAAUGGAACUGAUUACCCUGAUGGUAGCAACUCCAGUGAGUACAUUGCUCAGCCAACAACCUAUCUUCCUGACAACUUCACGUAUGCCCCAAAUCUCCCAUGUCCCGAAAAGUUCCCAACUAUGAAGGGUCCUAUCGAAGUCAAUAUGACCGAAGUCCUGAUGGAAGAGGUGGAACUAAAGUUUUCCAAAUAUGCAGAUGUUCAGUCUGGGGGCCACUGGUUACCCAAAGACUGUAAACCACACUGGAAGGUAGCCAUACUCAUUCCCUUCAGGAACCGUCACGAGCACCUGCCAAUCCUCAUCCGCCACCUGGUCCCCAUGCUCCAAAGGCAACACUUGCGCUUCGCCUUUUAUGUAAUUGAGCAGACGGGCACACAGCCCUUCAAUCGUGCCAUGCUCUUCAACGUCGGCUUUCAAGAGGCCAUGAAGGACCUGGACUGGGACUGCAUAAUUUUUCAUGACGUUGAUCAUAUCCCGGAAAAUGACCGCAACUACUACGGUUGCGGCCAGAUGCCGCGCCACUUCGCAGCCAAACUUGACAAGUACAUGUACAUACUCCCAUACAGCGAGUUCUUUGGGGGCGUGAGUGGGCUGACGGUGGAGCAGUUUCGGAAGAUCAACGGAUUCCCCAAUGCCUUCUGGGGUUGGGGUGGAGAGGAUGACGAUCUCUGGAACAGAGUGCAUUUUUCUGGGUUCAAUGUGAGCCGGCCCGAUGGCGAUAUAGGAAAAUACAAGUCGAUCCCACAUCACCAUCGAGGAGAAGUGCAGUUCUUGGGGAGGUAUAAGCUUCUGAGGUACUCCAAGGAGAGGCAGCACCUGGAUGGUCUGAAUAACCUGAAGUACGUUCCUGAGGUCACUUUGAGCAGCUUGUACAAGAACAUAACAGUCAGCCUCUCGCCAGAGCUGGCUCCCAUCCCUGACUACUGAGCCGGGGCUCUGUGAAGGGACUCUUGAACCCCAAACACUGAAGAUGUGGGUCAGCAAGCCAGUUUCAGGCUCCGGCUCCAGAGCAGAGCAUAGCUUAGAGGAAAAAUGGCCUAGUUACCUUAAUUUUUAGGAAGACUCUCCCAAAGGGGGAAUUCAAGGCUUGUAUAACUGGGUGUGUCUGUCUGUCUCUCUGUCAGAGUGUGUGUGUGUGUGUGUGUGAGAGAGAGAGAGAGAGAGAGAGAGAGAGAGUUUGGUUGCAUGAUGAAUGUCCACGCUGGCUUACGACACUAGAAUCUACAUUUUGACAGAAAAUUAGGGGCGGGAACGAGCUCAAACUAUUGUUUUUACUGCAAAGCCUUAAAACCUCUACAGCAGUUUUUCCCAAUCCGGUCCUCAAGGACCCACAUUGGAUCCAUGUUUUUGUUCCCUCCCAGCUACUGAGCAACAAACGUGGACUGUCUAAAGGGUCCCUUAGGAUCUGAUUGUGGAAACACUGCUCUAUAGGCUCCCCCCCCCCAGUAGAACGCAUAAUGUUGCCAUAAAGACCAACCAAUAUCUUGGUACUACUAUUUUUUUAAGUCCUGUUUGUGUUCUGCAAAGGAUUUUCUUUUGAUAUGUGAAGCAAAUGUACUAAUUGUUUUAUAUUUAUAUUUAAUAUGUUAACUCGUUUUACACAAGUAGUCCUAGUCUCAAACCUCUUGCUCCUCUGCCUGUGUAUCUCAGCGUCAACAUAGGUUGCAUGACAGCAGACGUAGAUUCAGGCCUUAAAUUAUUUAGCAUAUUACAUUGAUAAACUCUGCAUAUGCGAAUAAAACCUUAUUUUGGCAGCUAUAACUUUUUCGUUUUGGCAGAUUAUACACAUGACCUAAGUGGUAGGUUUGUUUUCUUGGGGUGCAAAAUUUUAACAGGGUUCGGAGUUUUGAUUUAACUAGCUUGCAGUAUCUUCUGCAUGCCCUUGUUUAUUGAAAAGUUGAUUUUUUUUUUUUUGUCAUUUCAGAUUAUUUUUUUAUAGAAUGAGUGUGUGACUGAGUGUCUCUUUUUUCGUCUAUUUAUUUUGAUUUAUUUUUAAAUGUUUUCGGCGGGCACUUUAGUGGUGCUGCUUUUGCUCGUCCCGACUUGGGCACAGGGUCCCUUUCUUUGUGCCAUUGCUGCUAAAUGCCAGAAUGUUCCUCACAUUGAUUCUUGUAUGUUUACUUGUGUUUUUGUUGUUAUUUUUUAAAAUAUUGUGUGCAGUUCAUACAAGACUAAAGAGAGCCACUGUGAGCUCAUUGGUGGCAUUGUUCUACAAGGGGUGCUAUAAUUGGGGACACGGUGACUAACUAUUCUUAAGCACUACAAGUAAAUAGUAAGAACUCAAAUCUAAACAUGUGACUGGCCCAUGAAAAGGGUUGUUUUUUUUUAAAUCGGAUCUUGUUGAGGAAAUUCUGGUACUUUUAAUAUUUAUUGGUUUUGUGGCAUAUCACAAGAAAAGAGAGCAUGCUCAGUACAGCUGGUCACUGACCAAUCGAAGCAUGGUCCUAACAGUACACACACCGUUUCCCGUUUCCAUGACGUUUGUGUGACUAGCCUGCAUUGCAGACAGGAUGGUCUAACCCUAGUGUCACUUUCACAUCAGGUUUGUCUGGUGAUGUAUGCAUGUCAGAUGGACGAAAGAUUAAUAUGUUAUGGUUUGUUACUGAUGCCAAAUUUCUUAGUUUGUAGUGCUGCCUCAAGAGAAUAUAAUAAUAAUAAUAAUAAUAAUAAAAAACUAUAUAUAUACUAAUUGUAAAUGAAGUGAAUAGACUUCUGGUGCAUAUGGUGAUGUGGGAUUUUCAGAUUAUUUCUUUCUACAGUUUUCUAGAUUAAGCGUGAACAUUCCUGCUUGUAUGUUUGAUUCGGAUUCCCUCAUUUCAGGUGGUAUGCGUGGUGAGACGCUUAAGUGUCUCAUUGCGUUGUCAUGGUACGUUGUCUUAGUUUAAUUAUUUCAAAAAACACAAGCUAGGUGUUAAACCUCUUUAAGCGUGCUGUAUUACAAUGAAAUUCCCGCUGCGAAGAUCCAGUCUCCUCUCCUUUGUCCCUUUUUUAAGGGAUGAUUCUUGUUGAAGUUGCACCAAAAAUAGUUUGCACACAUUGCUAAUACACAGUUCCUGAGUUUUUUUUUUUUUUUUUCUUUUUUUAAAGGUAAAUGUAUUUGCCAUUACAGUUUUGUAAUGUUAUUAUGUUUUCAGUAUUAAACUGUGCCUUGAGGUUUGACUUAUUUUUAGUUUCCUGUUUAAAUAUUUUUCACUGUGUCCAUUUUACAUGAUGAGUUGUGGUUUGAGUUUAAACUGCAGUUUGGGUUCACUGCGCUAGACAUAUUUUUUUAAUCAGGAGUUCCACGGUAAACGUUUUUGAGAUGUUUGAGUGGUUUAAAGAAAAUGAAUACGUGUAAGUCUAUGUUUACGAUAUAUGGGUUCCUAUGUUUUAGGACAAAAAACUGACAGUUUGGUUAAAGGAAAAAAAAAAAAAACCCAAAAAGCCAGUUUUCGGUUUGUCUGUGAUGUCAUGCUCUGUAUUGUUUAAUUAAAAAUGUUCAUUGCUGAGCUCUUAA